CAUAAUCCACACUCUGAUCUACAGGUGGUGUGGCUAUGGCUUCCCUCACAUCCAUUUCCAUAAUCUUAUUCAUUUUCGUCCGAAGGAGGUAUAUACUACUUCAGUUGCAAAGAUUUCGAAAGGGUAAAUUAGCGGAUGAAAAGGACAUUGAACUCUUCCUGAAGAACAACGGGAAUCUUGCACCAAAAAGAUACAGAUACUCGGACGUUAAAAAAUUCACCAAGUCGUUCGGUGAAAGCUUGGGGAAAGGAGGCUAUGGCAGUGUUUACAAAGGAAAAUUAUAUGAUGGUCGUCUUGUAGCGGUGAAAAUGUUGGACGAAUCAAAAGGGAAUGGAGACGAAUUUAUGAAUGAGGUUGCAAGUAUUAGCAGAACUUCCCACGUUAAUAUCGUCACUCUUCUCGGAUUCUGCUUCGAGGGUUCGAAAAGAGCUCUCAUUUACGAAUUCAUGCCUAAUGGCUCUCUUGAAAAAUUCAUCCAACAUAGUGCUUCGUCAUCAUCAAAAGAAGAUGUAAUAAUAUUGGGAUGGGAAAAAUUGUUUCAAAUUGCACUUGGCAUUGCUCGAGGGCUUGAAUACUUGCAUGAAGGGUGCAACACGCGGAUUUUGCACUUUGAUAUAAAGCCUCACAACAUUCUUCUGGAUAAGGACUUCAAUCCGAAGAUAUCCGAUUUCGGGCUUGCUAAAUUAUGCCCUAACAGAUUGAGUAUAGUUUCCAUGUUAGUGGCACGAGGGACGAUAGGGUAUAUUGCUCCAGAAGUGUUUUCUAGAAACUUUGGAGAAGUGUCUCACAAAUCCGAUGUCUACAGCUACGGAAUGAUGAUUUUGGAAAUUGUGGGAGCGACGAAAAAGAAUGGUCCGUCUAAAGAUGUUAUUAAUGCCGAUGACACGAGUAGUGAAGUAUACUUCCCGCAAUAUAUCUACAAGGAGCUAGAACUAAUUGAUGCUGAUCUUGAUGGGAUUAUUGCGAAUAACGAAGAUGAAAGCGAGGUAAUUACGAAGAGAAAACUUAUAAUCGUGGGAUUAUGGUGCAUACAAAUUGACCCCAAAGACCGGCCGUCGAUGAAGAAGGUUCUAGAAAUGUUGGAAGGGAAGCUUGAAAACUUGCAAGUACCACCUAAACCUUAUCUUUCUUCGCCCCCACGUGCACCGAUUUUUUCAAUCUCCGAUCAAUCGAUGUAGCUAGCUUUCUCUGCUUUGAUUUGUAUAGUUUUAGUGUAUGAAGUUUCAAUGCAAAUUCAUUUUUCAACUUAUUAUACUAAAUUAUUAGUCAUUAAUAGAAGAUUCUAAAUUAUGGGAUAAACAAUGUAAAAUUCUCCCGUGUUAAGGAAAAUUUGCGCCAAACUCUCCUUUAUUCUUUUUAUUGUGUAAAAUUCCCUUGUGUUUUAUUUCUUCUUGUAUAAAAUCCUCAUUUCCGUUAAUAGUUAACACCGUUAACUAUACAGGGGGUUUUAUGCAAGUUUUUCGUAAUAGAGUGAGAU